AUGUCUGUUCCAUUUCUGCCCUGGUGCGGUGUUGCCCCUAGGAUCGAUUCCGCCCGUUUCCCACGCUAUAGAGGUCGUAGCGCUCGCGUCCCAGGUCAGAUCAUAGAGGACAAAGGAUCGUCCGUGAUGCUACGGACUGUCGACGGUGGUGUCAUCGAGGUGUAUGUACCUGACGACAUUGACUUGAGCCGCGAGCGAGACGUCGAGAUUACUGGCAAAAUCUUGGGAGAAGACACGAUGGAGUGCUGGUGGUUUAUAAGCUAUGCCUAUUCCAUCGAUAAUCGCGUCUUGCGCGCUGCUAUCCAUAUGCUCCACGACUCCUUGUUUGUUGGCCCUGUUUGGGGUAUCCAGUUUGAUCCCCCCCAGCACGUCACGCCAUUGCGCGUGCCUCUUAUGGACGAGUCUCGGACUCGAAUGAUGUCUCGCCCAAACACGCCCCCGUUCCCAAAUUAUUUGCGCGUGCGUGCUCAGUCGGUUCCCACUGAUGGAGCGUAA